AUGGCUUCCAUUGAUGUGAAUGAAGCUGACGUUAUCAUAUUUUCAGAUGGAUUGAAGAAAUUGGAUGCGCUGUAUCAUGAUAUGAGCGAGUCGCUAUCGAAAAUAAGUACCUCAACAUCAAAUGCAUCUCAGUUGUUCAAACCGAUCAUAAAGAAAAACCAACAAUUGAAGGUUCUUCAAUAUAAUAUAGAAACCAGUUUAAAUUCAGUUGCAUCAGUAAAAGAUCUUGCAAAUGAUGCCUCAAAGCAUGAGCUAAUUUUGGAACAACCCAUUUCUAAUGUGGGCUUGAAACCAUACAUCAAUGCAAUUCACAAGAUCGAUGAUAUAUUGGAAGAUCUAAAUGAGAGAACACAAUCGAAUGAAACUUCUGAAUUCGCAGGUAUGGUCACUCAUCUUAGAGACCUAAUUGUUGAAGGUGAACGGAAUCUCCAAAUAUACUUCAGUAAGCUUUUGAAUUCAAUUCAACCAUUUGACCCACAAAUCAAUAUGAACAAGAAAAUUCCAUUCCCCUAUUACGAUGAUGAAUAUUUGGCCCAGAUGUCUGUCAUAUUGGAUUAUUUUGAAAAUUCUACACAGAAAGAAAGUAUGGUUGACAUUUUCAUCAAACAACGAAUUCGCUUGGUAUCCCAAUCUCUAGCAUUUUUGGAGCCCUUCACUAAGCAAAUAACAACUGGGCCAAACGUUCCUUACCAGAAAGGUAGUAGUGGAGUUAAUCCGUACACAGAAGCAAUGUUAGGAUUUAUUGCAAAUGAGAAUUCUUUAGUUCAAGAUCUAUACUCCAAGGAAGCUGCCAGACAGCCAAUCAUUUUUGGAAAACUUUGUUCUCCUAUUGUUCAGAACUAUCUAAAAAUCAUUAAACAUAACAGACAACUCUUACAAAAAGAUAAAGAUAACGUUGGAUUAUUUUCAUUCGAGUUAAGUGACAAAGUUAAUGACGUGUUAAGACUACUCAGGGGUAAAAAUAUACCAGAAACAGAAAGCUUAAACACUGAAUUGAUCGAGAUUCAAAGAAUAUCACAUUCCCUUUUUCAAGAACUAUUUUCCUACAUCAACACUAAAACACGUAGCAUGUCUCAAGUACCAUCGGAUAACGGUGUCACUGAACCUACUGUGGAUAUUAUGUCGAGAAUACGGAAAUUUAGCGAAUAUAAAUCAGGCUGCCUCUCUACUAUCCAAGCAAUGUCACGCGUUCAAUGGCUACCGAAAGAUCCUAAAAUACCAUGGACUAUUUCAAAAAGUCAAGAAUCAGACUAUUCUAGCACAGCUCUUCUCUCCUCAUUCUUUGGUGAUUCUAUAGACUAUUUGAUAUUUGGUCUAGAAAGAAGAGCUCAAGAGACAUUAAAUCCUCAACAUGAAAUUCACAUUCUUUCAAAUAAAAGGUUCCCUAACAUUCAGAGGAUCGGAUUCUUCCUCUUGAAUAACCUCAGUUUGAUAGAUCAGGUUGUUCAAAGAUCAGAGAUUAACUCCAUACUAGGUGAACUUGGUUUGCAAAGAUUGGAGAAGCUACGGAAGAAAUAUAUCAAUUAUUAUGUUUCAGAUUGGAGGGACCUAACGGCCAUUCUUUUAGACCAAACAUUCGUAGAUAGUUCUGGCAAGAUUUCAUCAAAAGAAAAGGAUCAAAUCAAAGAAAAGUUCAAAAAGUUUCAUGAUGGUUUUGAAGAUUUAGUAUCCAGGUCGAAAUCAUAUCGUAUUUCAGACCCUGCUUUAAAAAAACUAUUAAAGCAGGAAAUUGUUUCUUUGUUACUUCCAAUGUAUGAACGGUUUUAUAAUCGUUAUAAAGACUCUUUCAAACACCCUAGGAAGCAUAUCAAAUAUACUCCUUCCGAGUUGAUGAACGUCCUCAAUACUAUAAUUAAAUAA